CGGCAACGUUUUUGUUUGAGUCACCUCGUUUUGUUUACUCUCUGGUUAAAACCCAUUAUAAGCUUGAGGAGGAUCUGGGUGGUGUCAGUGUCUCUUUUUAAGUCUAAGAUGGCAGGAGCAGGGAGUUCAAUGGUAUAUUGUGGUCUAAUGUUCACUGUGAUUCUGUCGCUUCAAGAGAUGUAUCGUGCUAAGUUAGCUUCCACCGAGUUAUUUACCAUUCUUGGUGGCUUCACUAGCUCUCUUCUCUUUCUUGUCCUGCUAACUUUCAUUGGUAAUUUCCAGGAAACUUGUGGCAUCAAGACUGGAUGGGGGACAGUUAUACUGGCUGAAGCUGUUGCUCUAAUUGCAGCUAGCACUGUUCAUCGAGUUUCCAUCACUACAUGUUUCUUGUUCUCAGCGGGACUACUUUACGAGGUCAACAAGCUUUCAGGAGUGGUACUUUCGAAGGGUGAAUCUAAAACAAGAAGGCAUUAAUAGGCCAUUGUUACUUCAUAAUACAAUGAUAGACCGAAUGCUUGGUCAAGCGAUUGUGAGAUUUAUUAGAUGCUCAUCGGCAAUGCAAACUUAAAAAUUAGUUCACGUUGUAGGGUUCGCAGAAGAUGCUAAAUAAAACUUAUUUUCAUGCUUUCUUGAUGUGAAAAGAUAGUAAAAUUUUGAUGUAAUAUCUUUGCUUCCUCAAAAAUUGUUCUACUGAACAAUUGUGUAAACCAAAACGAGAAUUCAGAAAAUUAGUUUAUCAUAGACAUAGUUUCCUUUA